CAGACUGUGAACGUCGUGCGCAAAGUGUAUUGCGAACGCGGGAAAACUUUAUGAUGACGAAAGGCAAAUUCGAUUUUUAAAUUCAAAAAUGUGAGUGUGGACUGUUGUCAGUUAAAGUGUGUGAAUCAGAUACAUCAUGAUUUUAACAAAUUUCGCUGCAGUUUUGACUCGCUGUUUAUGCCUACUGACUUUGGCCGUAAAUCAUUCGUAUGGAGAAACGUUCACGUUGGGCUACAUCACAGGGUCACAGCGACGGCCUGGAGAUAUGAACUACCCAAGACCAGGCAGGGUCAUUUCAGGUGCAAUACCUAUGGCCAUUGAAGAAGUCAAUGAAAAACUCCUUGGGCCAAUGGGGCAUUCUUUAGACUUCGUAGUGGCCGAAACAUUUGGACAGGAAGAAGUCUCUAUAAAGCAGGUUGCAGCGCUAUGGGCAGCUAAUGUAUCGGCCUUCAUCGGUCCGCAAGAGACGUGUGUACAUGAGGGACGAAUGGCGGCAGCCUUCAACCUACCCAUGAUAAGCUAUUACUGUCGAGACGUAGCGAGCUCUAACAAACGGGUAUACUCAACUUUCGCGAGAACAAAACCUUCGGACAUCGACAUUUCCCGCUCUGUGGUUGCGGUGCUGACGCAUUUUAAUUUCAUGCAUAUAGCGGUCGUCUACCUAAAGGCACCAAAUCAUGACUUUUCCCGCCUGGCCCACGCGAUAAUAACAGCAGCUAAUGAGGAGAAAAUCGCCAUCCGUACUGUACAAGUGUAUCGACAGCCUUAUUAUUACGAAAAUAGGCGAGAGAACUUCUCACGAAACCCAUUCUUGGACAUCGUCCGCGAGACAUACAAGGAUACAAGAAUUUACGUCUCAAUUGGUUACUAUCAUGAUCACAUCGGGUUAAUGUUGGCUUUGGACAGCAUGAAGUUAUUAGAUGCUGGCGAAUACGCAGCGAUUGGAGUAGAUGUCGAAAAAUACGAGUCAGAAGAGGCCAUUCGUUAUCUCGCGGGUCCGUUGCUGAAGGAACCCAGUGCGAGGACGAUUAAGGCUUUCCGGUCUUAUCUCGCUGUGGCACCUUCGCCUGCUCCCUCGUACCCAGCAUUCGCUAUGGAAGUGAAUAAGCGUCUACAGAUGCCGCCUUUUAAUUUCGUUAAUCCCUUAUUGGCUUUGGGAGGAGGCAAAGUGAUACCAGUAGAAGCAGCCUGGUUGCACGAUGCUGUGUGGUUAUAUGCUCGCGCCCUGGUGACAGCUCUUAGAACGGGCGAAGGUUCUCGAGAUGGUCGCGCUUUAGCUGCUUACAUGAGGAAUACCACAUACAAGAGUGUUAUGGGGUACACCGUUCACAUGGAUGUGAACGGUGACGCAGAGGGCAACUACACUCUACUUUCCGUAGAUCCCACGAAGCCUCCAGGGCUCUAUCCACUUGGCGUCUUCCACAAAAUGUCUCCGGAAUUACGACUCCACCGAGAACUGAAAUGGCCUGGAGGUAGAGUGCCACUCUCAGAACCUCCCUGCGGGUUUCGUGGUGAAAAAUGCGUUAGUCAUAUUGGUGCGUGGGCUCUUGGGGCCUCUGGAGGUACCCUAGUACUUCUAGCACUGGCAGCCUUAGCUCUAUACCGAGGAUGGCGAUACGAGCAAGAACUGGAUUCACUUCUGUGGAAAAUCGAUUUCAGAGAUCUCCACUUACCUGAUGAUGAGCAGCGCGCCAACAAAAUGAAUAGCACUGGCUUGAAUACGAAUUCAAGUAACGCGAUAUGCGAGAAGGGCAGCACAGGUGCGGCUCGGUCAAGCCAAGUCUCUCUGAGCUCUAACCCAGACUUGGACUUCCGGUACUCAGCCAUCUUUACCCAAGUCGCCUUUUACCGUGGUCGCCUAUUGGCAGUGAAGCGCGUGAGACGACAUCAUAUCGAUAUUAACCGGGAAAUCAAGAAGGAACUCAAAAUUAUGCGGGAUUUGCAACAUGACAAUGUGAAUGGGUUUGUGGGCGCGUGUAUCGAGCCACCUAAUGUAUGCGCACUCUCCGAAUACUGUACUAGAGGCAGCCUCAAGGAUAUUCUUGAGAAUGAAGACAUUAAAUUGGAUAACAUGUUUAUUGCAUCGCUUGUUGGAGACAUUAUACGGGGUAUGAUUUUCAUUCACGAGUCCCCACUGCAGUACCACGGGUCCUUGCGACCUUCAAACUGCCUCGUGGACGCGCGAUGGGUGGUCAAGCUCGCAGACUUCGGCCUCCGGGAGUUUCGCCGCGGGGAGCUGCCUCCCUCUGAUCCUACAGCUCUUAGAUCUCAUAUAGAAUGUCUAGUCUACCUAUCCCCAGAGCUGCUGCGUUCAGCCGGUUGGGGAAAGGACUCCUUUCCAACAUCACUUGAAGUUAGAUGCGGUUCACCGGCGUCUGACGUUUAUUCGUUCGCGUUACUCCUGUACGAACUUCACACUCGUCGGGGUCCCUUUGGUCCGGGGGCUCCAUCACCGCCCUCGCUGUUACGUCGUUUAGCGCAUCCCUAUCCUGCGCCUUAUAGACCACCCCUCGAAGCUUUAGCGGAUCGUUUUGAUUGCGUAAGAGAAUGUUGUGCUGAAUGUUGGGUGGAGGACGCAAGCACUCGUCCCGAUUUUAAAGCAAUACGUACGAGAUUACGGCCGCUAAGAAAGGGCAUGAAACCAAAUAUAUUCGAUAAUAUGAUAGCCAUGAUGGAAAAAUAUGCCAACAACUUAGAAGCUCUGGUCGACGAAAGAACAGAUCAGCUACAGGAAGAGAAAAAGAAGACAGAGGCGCUGUUGGAGGAGAUGUUGCCUGCACCAGUUGCAGAACAAUUGAAGCGCGGGCGACGCGUGUUGCCCGAAAACUAUGAUUCCGUUACCAUAUAUUUUAGCGAUAUUGUUGGCUUCACGGCCAUGUCUGCGGAGAGCACUCCCUUACAGGUGGUCGACUUUUUAAAUGAUCUCUACACAUGUUUUGACUCGAUAUUAGAAAAUUUCGACGUCUACAAAGUUGAAACUAUCGGUGAUGCAUAUAUGGUUGUAUCAGGUCUCCCGAUACGUAACGGAAUCCUUCACGCGGGCGAAAUAGCCUCUAUGGCUCUUGCAUUGCUCUCUGCGACACGCGCGUUUCGUGUACGUCAUAGACCAGACCAGAGACUACUGCUGAGAAUUGGAAUUCACUCUGGUCCGGUCUGCGCAGGAGUUGUCGGUCUGAAAAUGCCCCGUUAUUGUCUAUUUGGUGAUACAGUAAACACAGCUAGCCGUUUUGAAUCAACCGGCGUUGCCCUAAAAAUCCACUGCAGCUCGGCUUGCAAGGCCUUGCUUGACCAGCUCGGGGGUUAUAUUCUGGAAGAGCGCGGUAUAGUUUCUAUGAAGGGUAAGCGGGAUCAGGUGACAUACUGGGUGCGUGGUGAGGACCCAGAGGCAGCUGCAAGUCGGACGAGACGACGAGCCAUUCACAAGGAAGACACACCGAUUGUUGACAAUAAACGGAAUAGGAGCUCGCUCAAGUCAAGGGGGUGGAAGAACCAAGUUGGCGGCUUGCAUAGAUGUUGUAGUUUAGAAUCUCCAAAGAAACUAAGGUUUGCUUCGGGAAAUCACUUAGAAUCUCACAAUGAUAGUGUUAUGCAUCAUCGGAGCGACGAAUACCUCAUGGAAGUGAUAGGCGAAAACCGAGUUGCUCCAAGCCCGCGGAUAGAUCUCCUGGAGGCACCAAGCCUUCGUCAGGAGUACACCAGCGUAUCAUGCCCCAUAAUUGAACAUGUCCCAGAAUGUGACAUUCGGCUUAUUGUUAAUGGCGUACACGAUCCCGCUGCUCUACCAUUGCUCGCUGAUGCUUAAUAUAGUAGAAACUAUUAACUGGUUGGAUUUUCUUCGGUUUGCCCCGUAAGAUAAGAAUAGCUUAUGAUACCGUUAAUUAUUAAUUACAUCCGAUAAAUGUCUUGACUCCCAGCUCCGUAUUUAAGCGUCACUCAAACUUAAAUCAGCUGUCAACAGCUGAAGUUUGUCAUUUGUCAAAUCGAGUGGAGGUUAGGACUUGAGGUACCUAAUGAAAUACGGGACCGAGUGUAGCAGGCAUAUUUUCAUGUAUUUAAUUGUUUUUAUUAAUGUUAAAAAACCCAUGUAAACUAAGCCAAAUUAUACAAAACUACAGGUUUCAUUCAUAAUUUGUUUGAAUUUGUAAAUUAACAAAGUUUCUUCUACUCUUUGAGGCUUGUGUUUUGUUGACUGGGAUGUUAUUAAUCUCCCUCAAUGUGAAAAUGUAAACAAAUCAAAAAUAAAUUACGUUGAAGUCGUUACUCAAAAAAAAAACAUUUUUUUUUUUUCUAAAAAUCUAAUUAUUUCAGAUUUACUAUUUCUUCGUAUUAAUUAUUAAUAAUAAGGACCGUGUCUGUCUUUUCAGUCUUCUUUACGAGGUAUAUAUUUAUUUAUCUUUGCAUUAUUUGUCGAAAAAUAAUUCAGUUCUAUUUGUCGAAUUUGUCUUAAAUUUUCUCGAUUCACUCUUUUCAGAAUCACUUUUA